UCUGUAUUCCGAAAAUAGGUUCCCUCUAUUUCUGACAUUUACGUGACGUGAAGUAUCCGAUGCAGCUGGCGUUCAGUUGCUGACAAAAGAAAUCUGAUUUAUCAACAAACCUCCAAAAAUAUUAAAACAUGAAAACAUACAGUAGAAAGAAAUUGGGAGAGAAUGUAGAUGAGGAAAUUGUAGAUUUAGAUGAUGUUUGUAGGUUAUGUAUGGAAAAGGAAGACGACCUGAUAUCAAUAUUUACCAAUGAAGAAACUGUGCCCCUCACUUUAAGAAUACUGGCCUGUGUUUCUCUUGAGGUGUUUGAAGAUGAUGGACUUCCGGAUAAGAUUUGCCACCCAUGUAAAUUUCAGUUGGAAAAAUCGUACAACUUCAGAAAAAAAUGCGAACAAUCCGACAUGAAAUUGCGCCUUCAUCUAAAAGAACUAAAAUAUGAAAUGGGCGAUUUGUUGACCGAUGAUGGCAAUGAAAAUCAAUCUGAAGACUACAAUGAUGGACGAAUGGAUGUCGAUGAUCAUCUCAAGAGUGACUCAGACAGUGCUGAACCAUGCACAGAAGAAGAUAUUGUUGGUGUUACAAAAGUAUCAUACAUCCAAGGACCGGAGGAAUCAGAAAAUACACCGAGCAACAUUACUCUGCCCAUUGAAGUGGAUCAGGAAAACAAAGAAGCUUGUACACUGAAGACCAAUGUGGAACUAAAAAGUGAACCCGAAGAAGAAGAAAAUAUUGAAAAUAUAUUUGUCAUAGAAGAAGACGACGGAAAUAUGAAUAAUGCAAAUAUGGGUGCCAUUGCAGAUGCUGUUAAAGCAACGCUGGCCAAUCAGCCAGGAAUAAAUGUAGGAGGACAGCUCCAGUUAAAAGUGAAUCCUUCUGAGGGCGCAUCAGCUCAAGUAGAAGUGACCACAGAGGAUGGGCACGUAAUUGUGAUGGAAAUUAUGACCGAAGAAGAAGAAGCUACUCGCAAGCUGGAUGCCGUGCCUUCAGUAUCGGAAGACAAAUCUGAGGUAAAUGAGGAUGGCGAGUUGAAAGUAUUCCAAUGUCCAGAAUGCCCUAAAUCAUUUGCAAGACGGAUUCAGCUGAGAAGACAUGCUUCUGUGCAUAUGCAGAAGAGAGGAUUUAGUUGUGGAAUAUGCGAAAAAUGGUUCCCAACUCGCUCCGCUCUAACACGACACGAACGAAUUCACACGGGCGAACGUCCAUUUCAAUGCGAGAUUUGCUCGAGAAGUUUUGCACAAAAGGAGAUUUUACUCCGUCAUUUAAUGACCCAUACUGGACAACGGCCCUACUCUUGCCCACGUUGCCCCAAGGGCUUCAACCAGAAAGAGCAGCUGAAAAUUCAUGUUCGAACACAUGAAAACUCGCCCAAUGUCAUCCAGCUUCACUAUUGCAGUUUGUGUCCGAAAGUAUUCUGCCAUGCCAGCGGAUUGAGCAGACAUUUGGUCACUCAUACGGGGAAAGUGUUCCAAUGUAGCGAUUGCAAUAAAACCUUCACUGACAAGAGUUCUCUAAGACGACAUCUUCUACAGACUGGCCAUCAAAGUUAGCUUCAUUAAUGUAGUUGAAGUCGACCUGCGGACUUGUUUAUGAAAGGUAACAUCAGCAUAGUUUUGUAAAGGUAUUGUUCAAUAUACAUAGUUGUAACAAUU